CUCUUGCUGGAUGCGGCUGCUUGCUUGGCGUAGCUCCGAGCUUCCUCUAGCACCUGUGAGGAUCGCAGCUCUCCAGAUUUGUUCCACAUCGAGGAUCAAUCUCUUACCUGGGCGUAGUCGACUUCCGGAUCGAAGAGGAGCUCCUCCAGGCACGCGGCUUCGAUGCUGUGGAGCACAAGAGGAGGAGGGGGAGGAAGAGGAGAAGGAUGGCACUCCAUCUCGACUUCUUCCUCAUCAAGAGUUACUCGAUCCUUGGCAGCUCUCUUCGCUGCAAAUGGAAAGCACCCAUGAUCGUCGCAGCCGCAUAAAAAACGAAGAAGGGAUGAAUCUACCUCUCCUCUUCUUCGAUCCGGCGAGGAUAGAUUCAAGACCUGUGUGUGUCUGGACCACCUCGAAGCUGCAAACCGCAGGAACAACAGUGACCUCUGCAUUGGAUUCACAGAAGGGUGUUUCAGGAGGAUUGAUGGCCUCUUUUGUUCCUUCUCCAAGCCCUGCUCGUGAAACAAAAGUGGAGAAAGCGAUGCAUGCGUGCUAAGACGCGAGGAGCAAAAACUAAAACCGAGGAUCCCAGCAGUGGUCAACCCUCGACUUAAAUACGAGAAGCUCUCGGCUAGCUCCCGGACACUGUAGCAGACUCGGACAGCUUUUCCUUCCGAGACUCAGCUUUUCAAACGGGGGAGCGAGAGGGAGCAAGCGAGAGCUCCGAUCCGAUCACCGCACCGCAAAGGCACCCGUGAUUUUUUUCUUGGCGUUACGUAGAAUCCCUUUUGGUCUGCCACCGCUUUUCCAAAGAGGUACCUUUAAUUCCUUUAUUUGUUUGGCUCUGGGGGAGUAUCAUGGGAGCACGUUUGGCUUCUGUCUGGCUAGAAAGAAUUAGAAGCUUUCAUCCUUAAACCGACUCAAAGCUUGACUUUGAUGUGGUUUUCCAGGUAUAAAAAGAUUAUCCUCGCAACUCGGGAUCAAAGUGUGCUCGUUUUCCCGUAGGAAUGAUGUCGUGUUUGACAAUGUAGGUGGUACGCAUGGGAAGAACUUGUAUGAGCAGUAGUAGCGAGGUGUGUAAGGAAAAGUUUCUUUCUUCGUUAACUAAAACCUCUGAGAAAAGAUUUACAAAGCUCACAUUUGCAGUAUGCUGCCGACGGCCGUGAAUCUUGUACCCGUCCAUGAACUCGAGAGUCAGCCGGCAACAAGUGUUCCCCGAGUUUUCGAGAAUGAUGUACUCCAGUCCGGUGAUCUCGCAGAACUCCACCGCUUGCAGGGACCAUCGGCAUCAAGCUGCUUGGUGUCUAAGUAGUCUUGAUGUCCUUGCGAUCACCAGUUUCAAUUCAAACAUAAUUCAAGACUA